AUGUCCAGCACGUCUCAAACUGAUGAGAAAGCCGAUCAAGACGAAUUGCAAAACCCUGAAAAGUCAGAUGGCAGCUCACCAGUCGAUACUGAGACUGCUUCAGAGCAAACGCGCACAGAUCAUAACUCCCAAAACAAUUCUCGGGGAACCCGCUUCCUCCCGUCCUCUCCCCACCCACCAGCGGAAGGCCAGACCGAGGAAUCCAUGGCGCCUACAUCAGCUGAUGAGGGAGGCUUCCACUUCCAAAGGCCAGAUGACAACGGCCUCGCCGGUGUUCAGGGCGUUUCCAGCAAGCAUGACUCUACCGGAAGUCCAACGGGAAGUCCCUUUGGUCAACAGCAUUUGGAGAGUACAGAAAAGUGGCUAUCCGCAGUCUGCGGGCUGUUCAGUCCGGACAAUCCUGUAUCUGCAGCGAUACCAUCCGCGACUACUCCAUCAACAGAGAACGCGACGCAUGAGGCCACAACACAAAACGAUUUCCUGGAGUGGGUCAAAACAACCUUGGAGCUAGACGGAAAGGAGACGCCGUUUAUCGCAAUUUAUGUGUGUUUGCGAAGAAUGCAUGAUUCGAUAGCUCUUCUUGUUUCCGAAGGCCAACGUGCUGGCGAAGCGAUUGCUGAGGUCGAGACCGCUAUCGAGAGCAUCAGCCAACAAAUUGCUAAGCUACAAAAAGCACAGCCCGAUGAUAAAGAACAUGAGAGAGCUUCCGAGGCUGCCUUAACAGAGCUGAGUAUUCAGCUGCACGAUGAGGAGGCGGCGUUGUGGACCCAAGAACGUGACGCCGAGAGAUUGUGCCACGAGGUCAUGAAGACGGUUUACGCGCCACUACAGGCACUGAUUGCCCAACUAAAAGAACAAUUCGACUUGAAGGACAAAGAAAUCUCCGAUCUGCGCGUCGACAAGCUCUUCACCCAUGAGACUCUGAGUAUAACCAAGAGUAGUCUCGAGACCGCCCGGUAUGAAGCCAAGACACUGGACCACCGGCUUAUCACUGCUUUGAAGCAGGUAUUGGACCCCGCAGCGAGAAUUCAGGAGCUUGAGCAGCAGAAUGCGAGGUUAAAGAAAGAGAACACAGAUCUCAAGACGUCCAAGGAGACCAUGGAAAGACCUGCAGAGACCUAG